CAUCAGGAGGGUCAAGCUGCUCAACGUCAAACAACUUCAGACACACCGCGGGCAGACUGCGUCUCUCACAAAACCAGGUUGUGGCACAUUUGGCAGAUUCCUCAGGUGGAAGCUUUCUUUCCCCAGUCGCAGAAUAAAAGUUGACAGGAGAGUUGUGAAGGGAGCUCCGUGUCCAACCCCUUUCCCUAUACAGACAUCUGGCCAGUAUGUCCAGUGACCCUCCUCCUCCGUACCCUGGAGGUCCCAGUGCCCCUCUCAUUGAGGAGAAGAAUGGACAACCUGUAAGGACUGCUCCCAUACAGGGACAGCCCUUGCCUCCAGACUACGGUCCUCCACCCUAUGAGGCCCCACAGCCAGGCUUCCUUCCCCCACAUGUCCCUGGAGAAGGGCCCAUGCCCAUGCCAAUGCCUCUACCACCAGGUGGCCACUACCCACCUCCUCCCGGUCACUUUCCUCACCCGAUGGCAGGACAGAUGGGUCCUGGUCCCAAUCACUUUGUCCACAUGGGAGGUCACACAGCGACUGUCCUGGCUCCUCCAGGAGCAGCCACCACUGUAACCGUACUGCAGGGGGAAAUGUUCCAGACCUCACCGGUGCAGACUGUCUGUCCGCACUGUCAGCAGGCAAUCAUCACUCGCAUUUCCCACGAUGUCGGACUCAUGAACACACUCUUUUGCCUCUUCUGCUUCUUUGUAGGGUGUGAUCUCGGCUGUUGCUUGAUUCCCUGCCUGAUUGAUGACCUCAAGGAUGUGACACACACCUGCCCUUACUGUAAGGGCUACAUUUACACAUACAAGCGUAUAUGCUAACCACCGACAGCUGUAUUCUACAGACAUGUACAUGCGCACACAUAAACUCACAGCUCCUCCUGCUGGUAGUGACAGGCUUUACCCCCCCCAUUUUUGCAAAGUGUUGUGUAGCCCUCUUAAAUUGUAAGUGCAGUUUUCUCAUUAGUUCACAGAAUAUUUACUGUAUAUAUCUUUCAGCUUAAUUCUUUCAUGUAUAAACAAGCAUUUGAAAUGUACAAAUCUCACUGAACUACAGAAGAUGUAGGGCACCAAAACAUCCACAGAGAUGGAUAGGCAGCAGGUACAAAGGUGCAUCUAAUCCUAUACGGAAAGCUGAAGAAAAGGUUUGUGAUUUUACACACAUUACUGGUAAAAGACAGACUCAGUUAGAGGAAGCUGUGAAAAUGGUCACUUUUUUUAUUUAAAGAUCAUCUGUGAAUCUUGCUGAGAAGCAAGUCUAUUGAAGUCAAACUUGCUGGAUUAGGUUUCUUGUUUAUUUUCUUAUUUAUUUCAAGUAUUUUAUCCACUGUUUUAGCAAGUCAAUAUUGAGAACUGUGAACAUUUUUGUCCAUGUCUGAUAAUUUUGUUCUAACAGACCUAGUUUUCCCUUUUAUCAUUAUCCCUUUUUGAAUGUGAGCAAACUAACGCACUAUUUUCAGCUUGGUAAAAACUAUUUGCUUGUUUGGGAAUGCCCAAGAUUGAUGUUACUUGCUAUAUUUUCUUCUGGGCUUUAGUCAGAAGGCACAACAUGUUGAGGUGGUUGAGCUCUUAAACACAUGAAUGCCCUCUGAUGUACUUAAUUUUGAUAAUAAAGCCAAGAUUUGCACUUUAAGUUGGAAUUUCACAUGUCCCCCUCUGAUGCAUUUAAAACUACCAACCUCAGCUGUCUUUUGGAGAGUUUGGCUUGAAGGAAAAAAACGUGUCAGUUCAUGAGUCAAAAGUAGCAGUGUAUAAUUUUGGCUUUUACUGGGACUUGUUUUUAGCUAAGUGAAUGCCACCAUACAUGUACUUAUUCAGACUAUAGUAGACUCAAAGUAGAGGUUGCAGUCUUUUAUGGUUACUUAUGGACACACACUGCAUGACAUCUCAGUUGUCCUCUCUCUGGCCAGCGUGUCAGUCUGAUGCACUGCUCUACACUAGUUUAUCUUCCCACCGAUACUGUUGGCUGAUUGAUUGCUGGCGCCACAGUAAACAGGUAGCUAGUUCAAAAUAGAAACGUAUGUUGGCAAACAAAUGACAGUGGUGGCACCAUCAUCACAUGACACUGUAACCCUCCUAAUAUGGCACCAGCCCUUAAAGAGUACCUGCAUUGCUCAGAUGCAUGUUAGAUAAUAAAGAUAUCUUUUGACUAUUACUAAAUAGUGAACUCUCUGCUAGGAAUAAGCUUCAAAUAAAUGAUUGUAUCAGUCAUCUUUCAAAGUGACAUUGUGAUUCCAUUGAGAUUACUACUAACAAUGAAGCAGCCAUAGUUCCACCACAGCAUGCCCGAACUGCCUUUCACCUUCACUCACCAAAUGCAGAGUCUGUCUGCAUGAGCCACACAUCAAAAAUGAAUAAUUCUCACUCGCUAGUUCCUGGACUCUAUGUGCAUUUGAUUUCUUUUCCCGCGAGGCUAGCUAAGCUGUGCAAGAACGUAAAUUGAAUUGAAGGAUUGCAUUGAACUUUUAAUACGAAGUACUGUAUGCCAUUGUUGUGAAUAAUGCUGGUCUGCAUUGCUCCUGUAAGUGUCUGUGAUAUGUAAAACUAUGUAAGUCAAAAUUUGUUUGACUGUUGUAUACAGGUACUAUUUUAUCAAUAAAAAUCAGAACAUGA